AUGGCUUCUCCCAACUUUACUAUUAUUUUUGAGGCUGGAGGUAGGCGAUAUGUUACCACAGAAGCCAUUCCUUUCCAGUCCCAAGACAACACUUCCCCCGAAUCUCAACUCGUGACCGUCUUCGCAAACCUCGACGGUGUAGUCCUUAGCGAAGCGUGGCUGGAGACAUACCUGGAUAAGCUGGAUGGCUGUGAUGUGUAUGAUCGUAGCCUGUCCCUUUCAGGUGUCAUAAUUACUAUCCCGAAUCAUGGUCUAGAUGUGCCUCAGGAUUCAUGGGAAUAUUUGCAGGAACUUGGAAUGAAGUGGUUCGAGAUUGUCGUUGAAGGCGACGAAACCCAUCUUCCUACGGGUCCUUAUUUCUACACUGAUCAGAAGCUUCACCCCGUCUGUAGCUUGUACAAUGACGAGAAGGAAGCAUUUUUCUCGGGGUUGAAAUCGAAACUGGAGUUGCCACCAUUGACGGUGUUUGAGCAACUCGGGGCCGCAAGUACAUCUAAUAGCUGUCUUGCCAUAGCUGUUCCGUCUAGAGCACCAACGCUCGUUGCCAGCUCCCUGCCAAACUUACGUGUUGCAGUAAAGGACUGUUUUCUCCUUCGCGGCAUGAAAACAUCACUUUGCAAUAGGGCUUACUACGAACUCAGCGAGCCUGCAACUCUCACAGCCGACGUGAUCCAAGCACUGAUCAAUGACGGCGCACAAAUACUGGGAGUGACGAAACUAAGCUCAAUGAUAGCCCGAGAAGAGCCCAUGGAUGCCGUUGACUUUUCAACAGCCUUUAAUCCUAGAGGAGAUGGGUAUCAAUCUCCCGCGGGGAGUAGCAGUGGAAGUGCUGCAGCUGUUGCGGCUUACGGCUGGCUUGAUUGUGCGAUCGGCACAGAUACAAGUGGAAGUGGUCGUCGGCCGGCUUUGGUGAAUGGCGUUUGGCAGUUCAGGCCUUCUCAUGAUUCUAUAUCCUUGAGGGGUCUGGUCAAGACUUAUGCAAUGUUUGAUACGCCUUGCGUGUUUGCGAGAAGUCUCGAUGUUAUACGGCGCGUCGCGAAGACUUGGAUUGCAGCUCUAUUGGAUGUCAGGAAACGACCAUAUCGUCUCUUCUACCCACUAGAUUACCUUCCAACAGGAAAUCUAGAACAAAUGAAGAUUAUCGACUCUUUCAUACAAGAUCUUGAGACACAUCUUCCAGCUACUAUAAUCCCACUCUCUAUCAGAAGCUCUUGGCAUCAGUCACAUCCACCAGAGGCUUCUGGCGACAUUGAGCAGUAUCUCCAUGAUGUUAUUCGGAGAACCUUUUAUUAUCAGUUCUACCACUCAACAGCAAGCUUCAGACAAGUAUACGCCGAGAGACAUCAUGGCCAACAACCUUAUCUAAUCCCCUUUGUUCGACGAAGAUGGACUCUAGGAGCCUCUGUUUCCGACGCCGAGCAUGAAGAAGCUACUCAAAGGUUGCUUGUUUACAGAAAGUGGCUGCACGAUCAAUUCUUCGGGGACGAGAACUUUGAGACGUUUGUCAUUCUUCCUGUCGCUGAAGUCAAACCUGUCUAUCGUGACGAGAAGGUUGAAUCACCUAAGACUCAGUCAGCAUGUGAUCAACUAUUUUUACCGCCAAUUUUUGGAAGCCCCGAUGUCGUUGUGCCAAUUGGAGAGAUGCCGUACCAUUCCAAGAUCAGUAACAAGAUUGAGUAUCUGCCAGUGGUAGCCAAUCUUGUCGCUGCACCUGGUCGGGACCAUGAGCUUUUGGGGGCGGUUGAUACAAUUCUGGAGAGGUCUGGACGGUCCAAGGUGGUUUCCACAGGGUCUAGUAUAUUUGGUUCAUGA